AUGGUAUCUCUGCGAGUCCGGCUGCUUCUAGCGGCGGUGGCCGUCGUCACCGUCGCCGGCCUGCUCUUCCCCCUGCACGAACUUUACCUCCUCCUCCGCUUGCCCUUCGUCUGGAAGACCACCGCCGCGGAGUCGGUGCUCACGGCCCAGCGCGAUGGCUUCGACCUCACUUUCGCUGCCUACGCCGACAACCGUACCGCCAGCAACGAAACCGCCCGGGUUCCGACCCGUCUCCAUCACGUCCACUUGGGCCCCAAUGCGCCGCGGGCGGAAUGGCUGACGGCGCGCGCCCAGUGCCUGGAACAUCACCCCGGCUGGGAGACGUUUCUCUGGCAGGACGAGAACGCGACGGCGUUCGUGCAGAGCCACUAUCCGGAUCUGCUGGCCAUGUGGCAGAGCUAUCCGGCCCUGGUGCAACGGGUGGAUGCGCUGCGGUACAUGGUGCUGCACACAUACGGAGGAGCCAUUCUGGACAUGGACCUCGCCUGUCGCCGCUCGCUCGAGCCGCUGCGGGAGUUCGACUUCGUGGCACCCGCCGCGCACCCAGUGGGCAUCUCCAUCGGCAUGAUGCUGGCGGCGCCGAACAACUCCUAUGUCCGCGAGUUAGUGGACAACCUGCCUCGGUUCAACCGCCGCUGGUCGCUGCUCCCUUACAUCACAAUCAUGUUCAGCACCGGCUGCCAUUAUGCCUCAACCAUCUUCACCCUGCAAUCCCACCGCGCCAGCCUCCGUGUCCUGGCCGGCCCUCCCGACCGGCCGACCCUGCACAUGCUCAACGGAUUCGUGAACACUCCGCUCUUCCAGCACCUGGGGUCUUCCUCGUGGCACGGGCGGGACGCACAGUGGAUCAAGUUCUUUGCGCGCUGCGACCAACGGCUGGCCUUCCUCGUCAUCGUGGUCUUCCUGGGGUCCUUCAUCGGGGCAGUCGGCUUCUGCGUCGUGCGCGGCCGA